AUGGACCAGGGCAGGACCGGGAUGGAGGAGCAGAACCAGGACAUGAUAUUUACCUCCAAGAACAAAGAGGGCUCAUCUUCUGGUCCCACUAAUUUAAAGAAACGUGGAGGCCAAAAACGAGUCAGACAUCAUGGCAAUCAGGACUGUGAGAAGGUCUUCAUCAGUUCAUCACAUGAAGAGAGUUGUCAGGGGAUUCAUACUGGACAGAAACUGUACAGCUGUGAUCAGUGUGGAGCGACUUUCAAUCAAGCAGGACAUGUAAAACGUCACCAACGUAUUCAUACUGGGGAGAAACCGUACAGCUGUGAUCAGUGUGGAGCGACUUUCAGUCAAGCAGGACAUUUAAAACUUCACCAACGUAUUCAUACUGGGGAGAAACCGUACAGCUGUGAUCAGUGUGGAGCGACUUUCAGUCAAGCAGGACAUUUAAAACUUCACCAACGUAUUCAUACUGGGGAGAAACCGUACAGCUGUGAUCAGUGUGGAGCGGCUUUCAGUCGAACGGGGGAUUUAAAACGUCACCAACGUAUUCAUACUGGGGAGAAACCGUACAGCUGUGAUCAGUGUGGAGCGACUUUCAGUCAAGCAGGACAUUUAAAACUUCACCAACGUAUUCAUACUGGGGAGAAACCGUACAGCUGUCAUCAGUGUGGAGCGGCUUUCAGUCGAACGGGGGAUUUAAAACUUCACCAACGUAUUCAUACUGGGGAGAAACCGUACAGCUGUGAUCAGUGUGGAGCGGCUUUCAGUCGAACGGGGGAUUUAAAACGUCACCAACGUAUUCAUACUGGGGAGAAACCAUACAGCUGUGAUCAAUGUGGAGCAGCUUUCAGUCUUGCAGGGUCUUUAAAAUGUCACCAACGUAUUCAUACUGGGGAGAAACCAUACUGCUGUGAUCAUUGUGGAGCGGCUUUCAGUCGAGCAGAGCAUUUAAAACUUCACCAUCGUAUUCAUACUGGGGAGAAACCGUACUGGUGUGAUCAGUGUGGAGCGACUUUCAGUCUAGCAGGGAAUUUAAAACUUCACCAAAGUAUUCAUACUGGGGAGAAACCGUACGGGUGUGAAGUUUGUGGAAAAACCUUUAGUCAAAGCAGCCAUUUAAAAAAACAUCAACAAAAGUGUCACAGAGAAUAA